GGCAUUGAUACAGCCACCCCACGUAACCCUGGAGAACAAAAUAAGACAAGACAGGGCAAAGGGGCACUGCAAGGAGUCCCUGCACAGCCACUUCAUGCUUUUCUGACACAAAAUUCAGUGGGAUGGCAGAAAGAUCACCCAGUAUUCCCUGGCCGGCCUGGGUUGUGCAGGAGGACAAGGAGGGGAAGAAAGGCCCAGGGGAUGCCCCAGCACAACAGCCUGAAGUGGAAGUGGUCCAGCCACUGCAGACAGAUCCAGUUGGGGAACUGCCAGAGGAGAAGCACACCCAUGGACUCUUCGACAGAUACACACAGAUGUUUUCAGACUUCCAUAAGACCACUGAUCAUGAAGACAAGACCACCAUGGACCUUGAGGGCACGGCAACCUCCAACUCCUGUAAAGCAGAGGAUUGUGCUGCCAUAGUGGGUAUUAUCAUGGGAAGUGGCAGCUCCCACUUGAAUAAAGUGCCAACCGUUGUGAGGGACAUUUACCAAAAGCUUACGAAGAUCAGAGAUGUGUCUCAUGAAGAUAGGUUGGAAAAAACCCUUCAAGAGAUGGCAGCUGCAGAGCCCCAUGAUGUGGUGGUGACGCUUCUGCGCUGCGCCCCAUCAUGUGACAGAGCCGCUGUGACCAUGUGGAAGGCAAUUGUCUCCUCAAGCAGAGCUGCGGAGAAGGUGCUGCCAGAGCUGCUGUGCGUGCUGGAGGACUGGCCACUGCACAGCACAUGCACCUCUGACAGGGACUACUCAGACAUUUUUUCCCUGGCUGCAACCAGAGCACUGUGGGAGAUCAUCCAUCUGCCCCACCAUCCAGAGGCACUGAUUAUGUACUUACCCCGCUUCUUUGUGGCUCUGCUAUUCCAAGUCUUCUCCAGCACAGCGCAGAUGACAGCAGAGGUCAACACCUUCUGGAGGAGAUGCCAGCAGGAGCACUGCCUUCCCACCAACCCCAUUGAACGUGAGUGCGGCUGGGACACACUCCUCAAUACUGACAACCACCAAUAUGCAGUGGGUCUGCUGGCCAGAGUGAUGCUCAGGGUCUCACAGAGCUUGUGUUACCGGAUCGCACGCUACCUGUUCAGGCUGCUCCGCAGAGAGGAGGCUCGUUGGGAAGUCUCUGCCAUGGCAUUCCUUGUUGAGCUCCUGCCUUGCCUUAACAUAAAGGAAUGGGGUGAACGCAUCCUGCAACUUUUCCCAAUCUAUCUCUUGAGGGAUCACAGAGUGAUGCGUCUCCUGCUGCUCAGAUGCCUCCUGGUGCUCUGUAAGAGACCCUCUAUGGCCAACUCAAUCCUGGCCUUGACUGGAAGCCUCACAGAGGUACUGAAGGAUAAAGAUGCAGAGGUGGUGGGCAUGACCCUUUCUGUGCUCUGCGAGGUGCUCCAGGACAGAGAUGUGCCAAUUGCCAGUUCCAUUGCUCUGCAGCUGGCUGAGGCACUCCUGCCACUAUUUGAGAACGACACCAGCCAUGUGCAGCUCCUCUCCAUUCGACUCUUUCAAGUGCUAAUGGAGUUGGUAGAGGAAGAGGGAAAAGAGUCCCUGGAGAAGAAUGUGCGCCAGAGCCUGUUCCUACUGUUCUGCCACUUGCAUGAUGAGAACCAGUGUGUUGCACAGGCCUUUUGGGAAACUUUGCUUCAAGCUAACACGUUCCUGCAGGAGAGGAAGCUCAAGCAACUGUUGGAAAAGACAUGGAGACUUGACAAGUGCCUGGUGCCAAAAAUUGUGAGUGACAUGUACCAAUGGCUCACAUUCAUCAUGGAUGUGUCUGCUGAGAACAGACUGGACAAGAGCCUUCAGGAGAUGAGCAUUGCACAGUCUCAUGAUGUGGUGGUGACUAUUCUACGCUGCGCCCCAUCGUGUGACAGAGCCGCUGUGACCAUGUGGAAGGCAAUUGUCUCCUCAAGCAGAGCUGCGGAGAAGGUGCUGCCAGAGCUGCUGUGUGUGCUGGAGGACUGGCCACUGCACAGCACAUGCACCUCUGACAGGGACUACUCAGACAUUUUUUCCCUGGCUGCAACCAGAGCACUGUGGGAGAUCAUCCAUCUGCCCCACCAUCCAGAGGCACUGUUGAUGUAUUUCCCCUGCCUCUUUGUGGCUCUGCUAUUCCAAGUCUUCUCCAGCACAGCGCAGAUGACAGCAGAGGUCAACACCUUCUGGAGGAGAUGCCAGCAGGAGCACUGCCUUCCCACCAACCCCAGCAGGUGCUCCAUCACAGCCCUGCUCUGCCAUCUUGAGUAUGAGGAUGUGGUGUCUGAAGUUGAACGUGAGUGCGGCUGGGACACACUCCUCAAUACUGACAACCACCAAUAUGCAGUGGGUCUGCUGGCCAGAGCAAUGCUCAGGGUCUCACAGAGCUUGUGUUACCGGAUCGCACGCUACCUGUUCAGGCUGCUCCGCAGAGAGGAGGCUCGUUGGGAAGUCUCUGCCGUGGCAUUCCUUGUUGAGCUCCUGCCUUGCCUUAACACAAAGGAAUGGGGUGAACGCAUCCUGCAACUUUUCCCAAUCUAUCUCUUGAGGGAUCACAGAGUGAUGUGUCUCCUGCUGCUCAGAUGCCUCCUGGUGCUCUGUAAGAGACCCUCUAUGGCCAACUCAAUCCUGGCCUUGACUGGAAGCCUCACAGAGGUACUGAAGAAUAAAGAUGCAGAGGUGGUGGGCAAGACCCUUUCUGUGUUCUGCGAGGUGCUCCAGGACAGAGAUGUGCCAAUUGCCGGUUCCAUUGCUCUGCAGCUGGCUGAGGCACUCCUGCCACUAUUUGAGAAUGACACCAGCCAUGUGCAGCUCCUCUCCAUUCGACUCUUUCAAGUGCUAAUGAGGUUGGUAGAGGAAGAGGGAAAAGAGCCCCUGGAGAAGAAUGUGUGCCAGAGCCUGUUACCGCUCUUCUAUCACAUGUAUGAUGAGAACCAGCAUGUGGCACAGGCCUCUUGGGAAACCCUGCUUCAAGCAACAAAGUUCCUGAAGAAGGAGAAUCUUGAGGAGCUGCUGGAGACAGAUGAGAUGUGGAGGUUCGGCGAGUGCCUGCUGGCAGAGGACAGAAGCAGAGCAAACGAGUACCUGCGCCAGUCCGUGUCAUACCUGCAUAGCCCGCAGAAGUCUGUACGAGAGGCAGCCAUCAGGCUCACUGCACGUCAAGGAGCAACAAAUAACUUUAAUACCUCCAUCUCAAACUUCGCAACUCAAACCCUGCACCUUCUAAGAGCUGUAGAGAGACAUCCUUUCUUCAGAUUCAGGCUGCUGCAAAACCAGCUCCGUAUGGCGUGGAGGAGGCGGCCUUCUCUCUUGGACAAUGGCUGGCCGCCUGUCUGUUACACUGGCCGGCCACAAUGCUGGAGGUCUCUGCAGAGCUGAUCCUGGAAGCUCUGUCUUCUGGGGCCACCUGAGUGUACAGGAAAUACUAGGUGGCUUCUGGCCUCUCCCAACCCACAGGACAACUCUUCUCUAAGACCACUUUUCUUUAACUCUUUUAAGGAAACUUUUUUCAUGCAAAUAUCAGCACUAGUUCAGGACCUUUUACCUCAGGCUCCUGCCACCCAGACCCCAAUUUGCAGCUUCCACUGCAGCUGCACACUGACUUAUCUGCACUGAAUAUACUCCUCAACAGUCCUUACCUUUGUUUUAAUUGAGCAUACCGGCUAAUACAUUGAAAGGGAAAAAAGGAAAGUUUCAAGGCACUUAACCAAAUAUAACAUUGUAACAAGUUACAAACUUAACACAAUUAAGGGCAGAAAUGACUAUCAAUAUAAAAUCACACAGGAUUCUCAAAAGACUGUUACUCAUCAUUCACUGCUUGUUAACAUACUGGGACAAGUAUUCAUCUCCAUCCAGCAGGCUGGUCUUAACUGCGAUAUAAUCUCACACACAGAAUAUGGCGAGUUGGAAG